AUGGUUAGAAUCAACGAUCCGAGCUGGGCGCAGUGCAAAGCGCAAACCAGAGCUGCUGAAGGAGGCGUUGAGCAACAACACCCCGGCCCAAAGCCAUUUUGGAAGCCUGUACUCGACAUUUAUCGAGGUUCCCUAUUGGACAAGCAGAGCUUAAGCCCUCACGAUCACGGGAGUGAGAAAAUCCCACUGUUCCGAGAAGUAGCUGUAAGAUGGCUGGCCCUGGGUAGCGAUAUUGGUUUACAAGAGGUCGACAUUGGCAUGCCGGAGAGCGAGCUGGCCGAAAUUCAACGGUACCGCUGGAGUUUGGACUUGAAGACCUGGAUUCGAAGGCAAGUUUCUGGGCUGGAGGUAUGA